UGUUGUGAACUGACAUCAGCCCCUCCUUUCCGCUCAGUCUGCUCCGCGCAGUGCAAUAGUGAGCGAUCGCGGCGCAGCUCAACUUCUUGGCGUUAAAUCGUAGUGGGUUGGGCAAAAAAUUUCACAAUGAACUACGGCUUCUUCAACAUGGCGUCGAUAGGAGAUUUCGACUCUCUUAACACCAGUAUCCCGGCCACCAAAGUUGAAAUCACUGUAUCAUGCAGAAAUCUGUUGGACAUGGAUACCUUUUCCAAAUCGGACCCACUCUGUGUGCUGUAUAUGCAAGGUAUCGCCGGUCAGGAAUGGAGAGAGUUUGGAAGAACUGAAGUGAUUGACAACACCCUGAACCCGGAUUUUGUGCGGAAAUUUAUGCUGGACUAUUUCUUUGAGGAGCGACAGAACCUGCGAUUCGACCUUUACGAUGUUGACUGCAACAGUGCCAACCUGUCGAAGCAUGACUUCCUGGGACAGGCGUUCUGCUCCCUGGGGGAGGUGGUCGGGUCCGUGGGAAGCAGGCUGGAGAAGCCCCUGGGGGGGAUUCCGGGGAGAAGGUGCGGGACGAUUAUCGUGAGAGCGGAGGAGAUCAACAACUGCAGGGAGCUGGUACUGAUGCAGUUUUGCGGGAACAAACUGGACAAGAAAGACUUCUUCGGGAAAUCCGACCCUUUCCUCGUCUUCUACCGGAGUAACGAGGACGGGACGUUCACGAUCUGCCACAAGACGGAGGUGGUGAAGAACACGCUGAAUCCCGUGUGGCAGGCCUUCAAGAUCCCGGUCCGAGUUCUCUGCAACGGAGACUACGACAGAGCUAUCAAGGUGGAGGUUUACGACUGGGAGAGAAAUGGCAGGUCCAGCGACGGCGUAACUGUAAGCCAUGACUUCAUCGGAGAGUUCUCCACCAGCUACCGAGAGCUGUCCCGCGGACAGUCGCAAUUCAACGUGUACGAGGUGAUAAAUCCCAAGAAGAAGGCAAAGAAGAAAAAAUACCUAAAUUCUGGAACGGUGACGUUGCUGUCCUUCCUGGUUGAGACUGAGGUCACGUUCCUGGACUACUUGAAAGGGGGAACACAGAUAAACUUCACCGUUGCCAUUGACUUCACCGCCUCCAAUGGUCACCCAGCCCAGCCCACGUCGCUGCACUACAUGAGCCCGUACCAGCUGAACGCCUACGCCAUGGCGCUGAAGGCCGUGGGCGAGAUCAUCCAGGACUACGACACGGACAAGAUGUUCCCCUCGCUGGGCUUCGGCGCCAAGCUGCCCCCGGACGGCCGCGUCUCGCACGAGUUCGCCCUGAACGGGAACCCCCAGAACCCGUACUGUGCGGGGAUCGACGGGGUGAUGGAGGCGUACUACCAGAGCCUGAAGAGUGUCCACCUGUACGGCCCCACCAACUUCUCCCCCGUCAUCAACCACGUGGCCAGGUACGCCGCGUCAGUGAAGGACGGCUCGCAGUACUUCGUCCUCCUCAUCAUCACCGACGGAGUCAUCUCAGACAUGGCCCAGACCAAGGAGGCCAUCGUCAACGCGGCCUGUCUUCCCAUGUCAAUCAUUAUUGUGGGCGUCGGCCCGGCAGAGUUUGAUGCCAUGGAGGAGCUGGACGGAGAUGAGGUCCGCAUCACAUCCAGAGGACGCCCAGCAGAGAGGGACAUUGUGCAGUUCGUCCCGUUCCGAGACUACGUGGACCGGACGGGGAACAACGUCCUCAGCAUGGCCCGGCUGGCCAAAGACGUGCUGGCAGAGAUCCCCGAUCAGUUCCUGUCCUACAUGAGAACCAGGGGCUUCAAACCGCUGCCUGCGCCCCCGCCCUACACGCCCCCGGGACUGGUGCACACCACGCAGAUCUGAUCCACACACACACACACACACACACGCGUUAGGGUGACCAGACCAGGGGAGGGUGGGAAUCGCGACAACUUCCGCUAGCGGUCUGAGACGUAAACGCGGACCGCGCGACGCGAACGAUCGUUUUAAGUUAUUCGUUUCAUGUGUCGAAGGUGAGCCAACCGGGAAACGUGAUUUACGCGCCGCGUUACUCCGUUUUCCGAAACGUAAAUUUAUGCCGGAGUCCCGAAUGAAAUAGGUUUUCAUUUCGCCGACUUUGGCCGAGAUGAUAAAUUUGCUGUCGGACUUUUCACCAGCUUUUACGAACGGCCCACUUCUGUAUUAGUCAGUCUUUUAGCGCACUAAGUGUGUUUCCGUCAGCAGUGCGGACUGAAUAAUUGUUAUAAUAAUAAUAAUAGUUAUUAUCAGUGUUAUCAUUAUUACUCGCUUAAUUGUAAUUCAUGAAUCGGCCAAUAUUCAUCGAGUUGCUUUACUGAGUUGAAUAAUGCUGCGGAAGACCUUUUUCUUUGAACUGAGACUCGACAUUCAGCUUAAUUGCGUAAGAGCAAUUAUGCUAUUGAUAGUUUUUGAUGAAGGAAAAGCCUUAAAAUCUAUUCCGUCAUCAAAACGUACCGUUCGCCUAAUUGUCAGGGCGAAUAGUGUCUGCAUUGCACGCGUAUCCGGACAGAGGGUAUGUGCUAAAAAAUUGGGGCUGUCCCGCUUUUUUUGGGGUACGUCUGGUCACCCUAACACGCACGCUCACGCACUUGUGGGAGUGGAUUUGGGGUCGGGGAGCCCCACAUGUGGAGAGUCAGAGUGGGCGGGGCCGUGCAGCCGUGACUCCGCCCCCCUGUUCCCACGGGCCUACGGGAUGCUGCGGUCUGGCAGGCCCCGCCCUUCAACGGUCACCGUGCAACCAGGCCCGUUACCUCCCACUUCUACAAAACCCCUGCACUGUUGUACAUAACUUUUCGAAAUGCAUUUAUGCAUUAUUCUCUCACUCUCUCUCUCCUUUCUGUUUCCUCCUCUCCUCCCUUUCCCUGCCCCUCUCUCUCUCUCAAUGUUUACAUGUUUAUGAGGAUUUCUACCGUUGGAAACUUUUAUAAGUCUGUUUGAAAACUUUAGACUAACCGUAUUUCUGACGUUGCCAUAGCAACCAGGGACAGGUGCAGUAGCUCUCUGCUCACGGACGGUCGUGUGCUGAACCGUGCGGUUCGUCACUUUACCGCGGUAAACUCCCCCCCCCCACACACACACACACACGCACCUCUCUCUGUCUUAAAUGCCUUUGAUAGAUACAAAGGCUAGAUGUGGUCGCAGGUUCCUCAUUCUCAUCUGAAGAAACAGACACUCAGCCUUAAACUUCACCUUCUCGACCGAACAGUAGCCACGCUCCGAUGGGACUUGAAACGACGGGCCCAAUUGUCAAAAACAACGCUUUCAUUUAUUUAACUCUAGCAUUUUCUGUCCUCUUGUCUUAAGUGUAACCGAUUGUAGUUUAAUAACAGUGUUUUAAUAAGCUCGUCACAUUUGAUUGUCGUUUUUAUUGUUUUAAUGUGAGUAGGCCUGAACGUACGAAGUUGCCAAAACGUCUCGCUGGUUCGGUAUUCAGGUGCGGUCACGGCCUUUGGCGGAAGGUGCCGGAAUCUCCCGAGCACUGGUGCGAAGUGAAACCCAAGAACCAAAAGGAAAAGGCAGGGAGCCGCGACCGCGGUCAUCGUUAUUAUUUUUUACAAUUUCCAUAUUCAGCUUUUUGUUGUUGUCGUACACGCCGAGGGUCGUAACCGCACAGCGUUUCAUUUCAGAGGUCGAGAGACAUAUCUGGCCUGCCAGGCUCCCCUGUGUGCGUGUGUGAGUGUGUGUGAGAGAGAGAGAGAGAGAGAGUGAGAGUGUGUGUGUGUGAGAGUGUGUAUGUGUGUGUGUGUGUGUGAGAGUGUGUGUGAGUGUGUCUGAGUGUGUGAGUGUGAGUGUGUGUGUGAGUGUGUGUGUGCGAGUGCGUGUGCGUGUGUGAGAGAGAGUGUGAGAGUGUGUCUGUGUGUGUGUGUGAGAGAGAGAGAGAGAGAGAGAGUGAGUGUGUGUGUGUGUGUGUGUGAGAGAGAGAGUUUGUGUGUGUGUGUGUGUGUGUGUGAGAGAGAGAGAGUUUGUGUGUGUGUGUGUGUGUGUGAGAGAGAGAGUUUGUGUGUGUGUGUGUGUGAGUGUGUGUGUGUACAUAUAUAAGCUGAAUGAGAAGCUGGCUACUGUUGCCUUGCAGUGAGUUUUUUUUGCUUGAAACUGCUCCUCUCGUUAACAUUAGGCGACCUAAGAUAAGAUACCCUCUGGCAAGUUCAUCAGCUCAAGCCUCAAGUUGCACACACACACACACACACACCUGUGAGAGCGUACGUCGGCAGCCGGCGCUAAGCAGACACGGCGGGGGUAUCCGCGCGUGGACUAAUGCAGACAUCCCACCUCCCCCGGAAGCUUCGGGAAACUCCGGGCGUCUCCUGGGGUUUUCACAUCUGCUCCCUAAUUCCCAAGACGGGAAAACCACCAACCUCCACCGUAGGCGGGAUUGAAGUUUAGAACCUGCCAUGAUCCCGUCAUAGCCAGAUGCAGACCCCCCCCCCCCCCCCAAUCAUUUUUGCUGGUGGGAUGUCUGCUAGCAGAACCGGCCGCCAUUAAAACAUGUCUAAAUGCGUACGGUUCGAUUCUUUGACCCUAAAAUUUUAUUGCAAGGUAUCGGUCUGCUUUGUUUUGUUUUGUUUUUUUUGUUUGCUUUUUUCCGCGGACGACUUUCGCGCAUUUCGUCGGGGAUUGUAGUUCGUCAUUUUUUCUCCAAGCCCUAUGACAUGUGACCGCAUGUGAGCCAAUCAGGUUUCCUCUGACUGCCCAUGUGACCUUGCGCAAUGAGAAUUUUGUUUACUGACGAUAUCCAAAUAAUCUACUGCUUGUCAUGUCUUAUAUUAACGUGCACUAGGGUUCGCAUGUGUUAUUUUACAAGAGAUGCACCAGUUUUGUUGCUCUUCUGGUGAAAAAUGUGCAUUUGUUUUAUCAAAAAAAUGGCCUUAAAUGCUCACUGAAUUCUUGGAAUUGUGGAAUGCCUUCAGUUGUUCAGUGAAUCUCUCUCUCUCUUUUGUGUUGAUGUUCAGUUACUUUUUAAUGUAUAUUUCUUUUGCACAACCUCAUGUAUGUAAAAAUAAAUACUCUGUUGUACUUUUGAAAACAGUGCUUAAUUGACAAAAGCAUGACUGGAAGUAUAUAUCAAAUAAUUGCCUGAUUUGUCUGAUAAUCAAUAUUAUAAAUAACUUUUUUCUGUAACAAAAUAUCGAUUUUUAAAUAAACGUUCUUACUAAACACA